CCUGCCAGUACAGUGCGUGCGAUGUUUGUAGCUUCGUUGGUCCAUUUCUCUCUGUCCAUAACCCUUCCAGCCUCUUCUUUUUGCGUUUUUUUUCUGUUAGACCUACUCUCACUGUUUUCUUUUAUUGUCUGUCAUCUACAGAUUGAGCCAUGAGAGGCAAUACAUGUUGCAUUUCUCCUGGGCCUCCUUCGCCAGACGGCAGGCCGCCCCGCCUAGUCGAUCCCGUCUCGGUGCAUCCGCAGGCAUCGGGAAACGCACUGUCAUGGAGUUCCCGAUUUUCAAAAUCAGAAGACGCAGCGGAACUGCACGCCAUUUUCAAAGGUGACAAUCUCGACGACGAGAAUGCGUCGACUUUGAAGAGACGUCGUGCUGGCCGAUCAAAGCUACAAAAACGCUUCUCACGCGACUCGACUCUUACGAACCAGAGAUCCCGAACAUCGACUGUUGCAAUUAGCGAAGAGGAAGUCACACGCCGUGAAGAGGUGAGGCGUAUUCGUGCUAAGUGGUUACAAGAAGAACUUGGAGACAUACGUGUUUACGACGAGGAUGCGACACCUCUCUGCUCCAGCCCGCUCGGACAGGCAUCGAAAGGUGCAGGUAAUGACUCAGAUGAAGCCUCUCAGGACGAUCCAGUAAAUGAUAUUAUCAAUGCUUAUUCCAGCCAUCGUGUCAAUCCGGGUAACAAUCAACCGCUCCCAUCUCGCAAAAUGGUUGUCGACACACCACACAGAGCAGACUCAACUCAUGGAGAGCCAGAAACCCCCUUACCUCCCGCUCUGAAUCCCAAGAAUAUGCCAAAAAUCGGCGAUACAUUAGUGGAGCGUACCUCUUGGAGGCUAUCGUUCACAUCUCCCCAGCGGGCCAGAUGCUUGCGUGCGCUGAGUCUAUCCAAUCCCGAAGACCAGAGCACAAACAAUGCCAACCUAACGGUGCCUACCUCUGAGCCUCCGCGCUCCCCUGGAAAGAAGAAGGAGUGGCUGAGCAGCGGAAAUCGACGGCCCCUGGAAGCUCAACAUUCCAGUGCGACCUCAGAUGAACUAACUUCAGGACCUCAAAUUCCGGAAAAGGCAUCGGCAAUCCCGCUCCAUGAGAUGCAAAUCUCCCAGCGCUUGGCGUCUACAGGCACUUACAUUCCACAGCAGCAGUCAUCUGAGUACAAGGACAUAACCCUGGACGGCGAACCUGUAAGUCCCGAAGAUGGGUUUCGAGAAAUUAACACCCGAAGAUCUCGAUAUUUUCGCAACAUUUCUGGCUCAGCCUUCAGUGAAAGCAAGGUUCCAAGAACUUGGGGUCAGGUUCUAGGCGAUGGAACUUCAUCAUCGCAUAAGUCACGCGUUAAAUAUAGUCCCGGGCAAAACCACGAGUCAUCACAAGGGCCAGAGUUAUCGCUAACCAUUAUGGAAGGUCAGAAUAUCGUGCCAAGUUACUUGCGGGUUCCGCGCAUUGUAAUAACGAAGCCGGACGACGAGUUGGACGAUAUCGACCCCGUGAACAGAAGACACCAACAGCACAGAGGAGAAGGCUACUUGUCAAGGGAAGGCGAAAGUCGUAUAAUAUACCCUCUACCCUCCACCUCACCCAAUGCCGAUGUGAACGAAUAUAUGGGAAACCCGGAGUGCUCGGGAGCUCUCGAUUCACCUGUGAUGAAUAAGCGUCAACUCUCUACGCCAUUAACUAGCAAAUUCUCGGAAGACUUCGACGAACCAGGCUCUAAAUCCAGCUUUCGGUCAUCGGUUUUAUCAUCAAUGAGGCACUCGGUGCUUGGAAGGCUCACCAGAAGCUUUGAUGGCGAAGGUUCUCCCGAUUCAGUCGCCACUGAGCGGCAAUCUGGUCAGCAUAAAGCGAGACCUGCUAAAAGCGGAACCCCCGCUCGAACCACAUCGAGAAAGGAAUCGGUAUCGCUAGACCGCUCGAAAAGCUAUUCAAUGGAGAGCGCGGAAAUAAUGUGGACGAAGGCGUUCCGUCAGUCAAUCGAUGGAAACUCGCGUGGUGCCGAAUCUGGAGAAAGGCACCCAAGUCCGGUUGGGAAACAGAGCAAGCUUGACGGAAAUGCUAAUAACAAACAUGCGAAGAGAAACGAACAGACAUUGACCGAUGAAACAGAUAGUUCCAGACGCUCUUCUCGAAGCAAUCGGUCGAGUGUUGUGAUACCGCCAGAGUCCUGGGCUAAUUUCCCGAGUCACAAUUGUGAAAGCCGUUGUGGGAGUAUUGGGGCCGACAAUGACGUUGCCAAGUCUGAUUUCGCUAUGAGGGAGCUCCUUGAUGGAUUGCAUCAAGAUACCUCGGCCAAUAAGAAACCACAGCAGAAACAUCAGGAAGAAUCUCCUCGCAAACAUAUUACUGGAAGGCUAACUACGAAAGUGCGGACGUCCGUUGACAGAUUGCUCAGCAAACAGACUAAAGCAUCCGGUGACACAGUAUAUGGCCUCCACCCCAGUGCAAGUGCAAACAAGGCGUUGGGAGAUCUCAAAGCCGAAAUACUAUCUCGCAGCCCUUGUCGCGAUAAGAACCACAACUCGGUGCAACCCGAGACCAGUAAGCCGAUAUACCAAGGAAUACCUGAUGCAGCCAAAAUCCCUCGCCGUGGCAGCAUGGAUGAUCUCCUUGAAAGAAAAGGGACAGACGACGACCUUCUCAGUCCAGAAGUGAAGGCAAAAACCAACCGUGCGAAGCGCAGAGAGAAGUACAAAACGUGGAGUGGCCGCGACAAGAGCCACAUGGCGGAUAUGAUGGCAUUGAGGCAGAGCACGGUGGAUUUCAUGAAGCAUGCACGGGUUAUGGAGGGGGUAGAGAGGGAGAGGGCGUUGAGGGCUGCGGAUGAGGUGUUGGAGAGGAGUGUGGUGCGUUAGGCUAGGGUGGGGUGCUGAGGUGGCUGGGAGUUGGUUUCGGGGGCGUUGCCUGUGGGACUGUUAUACUUUUUGUGAAUGCUAAUGAGGUGGUUGUAGGAGUAUUGGUUGAUAGCAGAGAUUAUGGUAUAAAGUUUGUUGAGGGAGAUUUCAUAAAUUGUCUGUGUAGAGAUAGGGAAAUCAAAUAUGUUAUGGG